AUGUAUAGAAAUAUUGAACUUCGUCCUGAGGACCGCAAGUAUCAACAUAUCCUGUGGCGUAGCUCAACUUGUGAAGAAGUCCGUGAAUAUGAACUUAAGACUGUGACCUACGGCGUGAGCAGUUCACCAUUUUUAGCCAUCCGUACGCUACACCAGCUAGCAAACGAUCACGGUGCAUCAUGGCCUGAAGCUGCUUCCAUUCUGCGUCAUGACACGUUCAUGGAUGACGUCACCGCUGGCGCUCCUUCAGUUGAAGCUGCCUUAAAUCUAAAAGACGGAAUUAUUAAUUUGCUGAAUUGUGCACCCCGAGUACAACCUUCACGAUGUUUUUCAAAGAUAGGGAUAGAUUUCGCAGGACCCUUCAUCGUGAAAGAGAGUAAAAGGCGUAAGGCGCCUGUUUACAAGGUGUACGUCUGUGUGAUGGUAUGCCUCGCAGUAAAAGCGAUCCAUCUUGAGCUAGUUACAGACUUGUCGACAAGUGCAUUUAUCGCAGCUUUGGACAGAUUCGUAUCACGCCGUGGUCUUUGUCAACUUAUUAUCUCUGAUUGUGGUACAAAUUUUGUCGGGGCCAAGCGCUACUUAAGCGAGGUCCACCAGUUUCUUUCCACUCAGGAGUCAGAACUUAAUACUGAGUGUACAAAGCGUAAUAUCGUGUGGCAACAUAAUCCACCAACUGCUAGCCACUUUGGCGGUAUUUUUGAAAGUGGUGUUAAGUCGAUGAAGUACCACCUUAAACGAGUUGUUGGCUUACAAGUGCUGACGUUCGAAGAGAUGUUGACUGUGCUGAAUAAAGUAGAAGCCGUCCUCAACUCUCGACCGGUAUGCGCUUUGUCUAGCGAUCCCACUGAGGUAGAUGUCUUGACACCGGGUCAUUUCAUCACUGGUGGUCCUUUGGUAUCAUUUCCGGAGAUCCCGCUUACGGAUACGUAUUUACCGCCUAAAGAGCGAUGGCAAUUGUUGCAGAAAAUGACACAGAGUUUUUGGAAAAUUUGGCAAAGAGAUUACCUUCAUACACUGCAGCAGAGAUGCAAAUGGUUCAAAGACCAAGUCAAUGUGCAAGUGGGUGAUAUAGUUACAAUUGUGGAACAAAAUCUUCCCCCGUUGGAGUGGCGUUUCGGUCGUGUUGUCGAGCUUCAUCCAGGCUCUGAUGGUGUAGUGCGUGUCGUCACGCUACGUACGGCCAAAGGACUACUUCGACGGCCUGUAGUCAAGAUUUGCCCUUUGCCUACUUCUAACUAA